ACGUAAUCUUUAGCUGCUCUCUGAGCCAUUUCAAUGAGUCACUAUUGUUUGGAUUAUAGGAGGGAAAGGUUUUAAACUGAACAGGAGAGCGGUUACACCUGUCAGAGACACUAGGGAAAUGCUGACUGGUGAUUGGCUGGCGGCCUUCAGGUAAAACUAACCUGGAAAGGGUGGAGAUAGACGUGAUCCAAACUGGGUGCAGCGUACCUCUGAUCGUCUGCAGACAAUCUUUUCUGACUCAGAGCUCGGCGUUGAAACUGUUUUCGUACAUCCAGUUAAGAUGUCUCUUUUCAAGAAGUUCUUUAAAGGCAUCAUCCACCACAGAGACCCCGACUCUGGUGACACUGUCAAGGAGAAGGGGAAACCCAAACCAAAGUACUACGGAACCAUCAUUCCAUAUCCAAAUUUCAAUGCCAGCAGUGAUGCUUCAGUCCUUCAGAGUGCUAUUGAAAGUAAAGGUGUGGAUGAGGAUGUGAUCAUCGCCAUUCUGGUGAAGAGGAGCAACGAGCAGAGGCAGAAGAUUAAAGCGGUUUAUGAAGCCUCCUCAGGAAAAAAUCUGGUCAAAGAGCUGAAAUCAGCCCUCAAGUCACAUUUGGAGGAUGUGACUCUGGCUCUGCUUAUGCCUCCAGCUGAAUUUGAUGCCUACCUGCUCAGGAAGGCCACAAAGUUUCUGGGCACAGACGAGGACGUCCUCGUAGAGAUUCUGGCGACCAGAUCAUACGGAGAACUUCAAGAGAUCAAGAAGGCCUUCAAACAAGAGUACAAAAAGGAUCUGGAGGAGGUGAUUAAAGGCGAGACCAGCGGCGACUUCACCAAGGCGCUGCUGGCCAUGCUGAACACGAAGCGAGACGAGAGCACGGAGGUCGACAUGGAGCUGGCCAAGAAAGACGCCAAGGUUCUGUUUGAAGCAGGUGAACAAAACGCCGGUACAGACGUGUCCACCUUCAUCAACAUCCUGACCACACGGAGCGGCCCGCAGCUCUCUAAAACGUUCCAGCAUUACGCCGCCAUCAGUGACCUCACCUUACCCAAAGCCCUGCAGAUGGAGCUGAAGGGAGACAUUGAAGACUGCCUCAUUGACAUUGUGAAAUAUGCCUGGAACACACCAGCUUUCUUCGCUGAGAAGCUCCACCAUGCCAUGAAGGGCCACGGCACAUGUGAGGACACUCUGCUCAGGAUCCUGGUGAGCCGCUCUGAGGUCGAUCUGCAGAAGAUCAUUGAGCAAUACAGGGCGAUGUUUGAGAAUACCAUACAUGAGGACAUUUUGAAUGACACCAGAGGACAUUAUCAGAAAAUCCUGCUUGGGUUGUGUGGACCUAACUGAAAACCUCAAGGCCUCAAUGUCUUGGGGGGAAUAGAAGCUAGAAAACUAAAAGUUAAAUAAAUAAAUCAGUAAAAUUCAUCAUUUUUAUAAAGCAUCUCUUUCCAUUUAUAUUAAAUCAUCUUACUAAUUGA